AUGAAGUUCUCUUCCACCAUCCUAGAAGCCCUCAACCACCAUGCUGUGGAGACUCCUAACAAGGUUGGUUUCACCUGGGUCGACAUCAAUUGUGUGGAACAAAACAAGAUGACAUUCAAACAGUUGCACGACCAAUCCAAUGCUAUUGCUGCUCAUCUCCUCAAGCUGGGAUGCAAGAAGGGCGAUCGAGUCAUGAUCGCCUAUCCCUUUGGCCUCGAGUUCUUGGCUGCCAUGUUCGGUGCCAUGAAGAUUGGAGUCAUCCCCUGUUCCAUCUAUCCACCCAACCCCAACCAGCUCAAGACAGAAAUGCCCAAGUUCCGUGGAUUUGCAGAGGAUGCCGGGGCCAAGUAUGCCCUAUCCACCACUGCCUUUGCCACUGCCAUGACAGCAGUUGGUGUCCUCUACAAGACUGGUGUUACCUGGAUUGGGACCGACAAAUUGCCAAUCAAGAAGAGCAACCCCAAGAAGCCAAAAGAUUAUGAGAAGUAUGUGGGGGAACCAACAGAUAUUGGCUUCAUCCAGUACACAUCCGGUAGUACUGGUCGCCCCAAAGGAGUCAUGAUCAGUCACCAAAAUCUUGCUGAAAAUUGUGCGGCUCUCGUCAAAAUGACAAAUGCAACUCCGUCCUCUGUCGCAGCCUUGUGGGUCCCACAAUACCAUGACAUGAUUGAGCACUACCAGGCAACACAUACCUGUGCCCCCAACUUCGCCUAUGCCUUGCUCCUCAAACGUUUGGAGCAGGCCAACCGGACUGCCAACUGGAGUUGCGUGAAGCGUGCCAUGUUUGGGGGUGAACCAGCCAAGAGCCAUGUUGUGGAAGCAGUGGCAAAGACCCUCUCCAUCAAGCCUGCACAUGUGUACAACAUCUAUGGACUUGCUGAGUCUGUGGUGUUUCUUACUGGUGGCUCUGCGUACCCUGACUCAGAGGGGCUUGUCUGCUGUGGAGAAGUAGAUUCCCCGACCCUCAAGCUUAGAAUUGUACAGGAAGGCAAAGAGGUUGAGGAUGGACAGGUUGGGAGUAUCUGGGCCCAGUCACCCCGUGUGGCUGCUGGAUACUAUGGACAACCUAAGCUUACAACCUCCACCUUUGCAAACAUCUUACCAGGUUAUGAUGGAAGCUGGCUUGAUACUGGUGACUUGGGCAAAGUUACGGACAGUCAGCUCUAUGUCACUGGCAGGGUCAAAGAUGUCAUCAUUAUCAAUGGCAAGAACUACUAUCCAACUGAUGUGGAGCUCUCUAUUGAUGAUCUCUUUGGAGAUAUUAUCCGUCCAGGCAGGACCACUGCCUUCCAGAAUGGAGAUACAAGUGUUGGCAUUACUGUGGAGGGCCGCAAAGGAUUUGACAAGUCAGAAAAUGAGGAUUUGGCUGUUCAAAUAGCCAACCAUGUUUCACAAUUCCAUGGGCUGUUUGCUUCUGAGGUUGUUGUCCUCAAGCUUGGUGUGACACCCAAGACCACCUCUGGCAAGCUGAAGAGGAGUGAAAUCAGGCAGACAACAGUUGAUGGUGAUUGGAAGGAGGCUUCCAUACUACUUCAAUUCAAGAGGCAGGUAGCUCUUACUCCUAUUCCUAUUCGGAAGCGUCAACGUCCAUCUUUCCUUGAGGGGAGUUUUUCAAUGCUUGGCAUUGCUAGCAAUGAGUCUUACCUGAACGAAGAAACGGAACAUGAAAUCAUGGUCCAAUCUAUGAGCACUGUUAACUGGAACUUUGAGGAGCUUGCUGGCAUUGGCCUCAACCAAACAAAUGACCUUCCAAGGAAAGCUGUCGAAGCUGUUCAUUCUGUGGAGUGCAUCCCCAGCAAGUUGGAUGAGUAUUUCUCAGAGCUUCAUCUUUCUGGAGUCUCUGGCAUUGAAGAAGCUUGGGACAAAGCCAUCAAGACAACAGCUGCAAUGCAAGUCAUGUGCUCCCAAAUCCUGAAGCAUCUUGAGGACAAGCACCCAACCAUCUGCCAGCUUGCCAAGACUCUCAGUGAAAAUCUGGACUGGAUCUUAAUUGACGACAUGACCUGUUUCCUUUCUCAACUUGUGCAUCAAAUCUUUGUCCUUCAAUGGGUGACAACCUUCAUGAUGGAUCAUCCUGAGUGCAUUCAACAGAAGCUGAAAGACGAUGCCGCAUGGGAUGCUCAUGGCCAGAACGUUCAGACAGUUCCGGUGGAGCUACAAGAGAUGCUGAACCUUCCAGAACAAGAUGCUAUGUACGGGAAAGUGCCCUUCUUUACUUGGAUCAAGAACAGGUCUGUUGUUGAACUACUGAACCUUGUCCUACAAAGUUUGGAAUCAGCAGGCUCAACCAGUACUGCACAGGUCGAAAGAAUCAAUAGCCUCCUGUGUUUAAACGUGUUAGAGGCUAUUUGGCUUGAGCAAAAAAAUGGACACAAGGAAAAUUCAGAAGCCGGUAGGAGACUUGCAACAAUGCUAACUAAUGCAAAGGCAGCCACAACCAAAUCCAGGAAGGUUUUGAUGGAGUAUUCAUCCAAUACAAGUGCUGUGAAUGAUCUGUACAUUGAUUGGAAUAUGCAUGUUGUGGCCUGGGCCGGAGACAGAAAUUCUUCCAGCUGGAUGUUGUCCAAAUUGUUGCUACCUUGUGUCAUUGGAGAUGUCAAUGCACAUUUCUUCUAUGCAAGGUUGAUUAGUCUGCACCUAGUUACACAGGCCAUGGGAAGGAAUCUGAUGUCGAACAAGUUUCAGAAUGAACCAAUCUUGUCAAGAAGAGCACUACAUUAUUUUGGAAAGCUGAACCUUUCCUCUGCAGAAAAACUUGGACACACCCCACUGGCAACAGAGAGCAAACACCAGCUUGCUCUUGAUGAAGAUUACUGGCUGUCCAAGUUUGACCAGUGGGGGUUGGUAAGUCAUACACCACCUAAGGCAAGCACUCCAGACUCCAGGCUGCAGUAUAAUGCAGUUUCAGGAGCUGUGGGCCCAGAUGACUUCUCCACCAGAUAUGCCAACACCAUCACAGCUGUCUUUGGUUACAAAGUUGCCGCAUCAAAAUCAUGGGCUGAAAAUGGGCUCACAUCUUUCAAUAGUGCUGAGCUGAGGAACAGAGUGGAAGAGGAUCUGCACGUGGUGCUCCCACCAAACUUUGCACAACUUUAUGCAACUCCAAAAGAGCUUGAAGAGUUUCUUGUCUCAUCACAAGGCCAACACUUUCCAUGUAAAGCAGCUGAUGAGCAUGUUGACUUUCACUGGAACAAUCCCAGAGCACAGUGCAGCAAACUUGAGAUGAGUAUUGUUCAAGUUCUGGGUUUCAUGGCUAUCACACUGGUGCUGUUGACUGCCUUAUUCCCAUCCUAUCUUGUUGCAGCAAGACUGUCAAACAAAUGCAAUACUUCUGAAGCCCAAGAGUGCUUGAAGACCAGCUUCUUGUGGUUUCCACACAUAUUCCCACUAUUUUGCUUUUCUUUUUCCAUCAUGGUGGUUCUUUGCAAGAUUCUUGUUGUUGGCAUGUACCGUCCCCAGGAAAUCAACUUGAUGUCCUGGCAAUACUUAAGGUGGUGGUUUGUAGAUCAAUUGCUGCAUGUCUGGGAACUUUUUGUUGGUAGAUUCUUGUUGGAAACAAAGUUUGCCUGGCUCUUCUACCGGCUGCUUGGUGCUGACAUUGCCUGGUCGACAAAAAUUAAUGCAUUCAUGCGAGAGUGUGAUCUUGUCAGUGUUGGGGCCAAUUCAUCAGUUGGUCAUGCUAUCCGAUGCAGAAAAUUCAGGCCAUGGACAGAGGGCAGUCCCAGGAUGGUAUUCCGUCCAAUCAUUGUUGGGCCAAACUGCAACGUGUCUGGAAUGCUAAGCCCUGGAGCUGUUAUUGGAGCUGGAUGCAAAGUAGAAAGAUUGACUGUGGUGGAAGAAGGUGCUCAAGUCCCUCCUGAAGUGAUUGCACGCGGCAACCCUGCAUACAAUGCAGGUACAUUCAGGCAUCAAGAGUCAAACUGGCAGGAAGAGUCGCUGCUUGAUGCCUUCAAAGUUCUCUGGCUGUUUUCAGAAGUCUACCAUUAUUAUGCACUAUACUUCCUUGCACAUGCAAUCCUACAAGAAACCUUGCCGACCUGGCGAUAUGCUAGUAUUCUGCACUGGUUCCUGCUCUUUCCUCUGGCUUCGGUGUUUGCUAUGGUGACGAGCAUCCUCUUGAAAUGGCUCUUGAUUGGAAAACGAGAUCCAUCAGAGGAGUAUGAGCGUACAUUGUGGAUGAGAGCUACCAACUGGGUCUGUGACUACCAUUUUCAAAUUGCGGCUUGGAUGCUUGCAAACUACGCCGAAGUUUCCAGAUUUGAUACAUUGGUUCAAUGGUGUCAUGGUCUAGAUGUUGAUGUUGUGUCAGAUCUGUAUACUGCCAACAUAAUCUUUUCUCCUUCGCAGGUCGACUUUGUGAAGAUACGCCAAUCUUUCCUUUCUCUCACCGAGUUUGACCUGGAUAUUCCCUCACCCUCCGGGGAGAAGAUUGAGAUCUCAUACAGCUCCCUUGGAAGAGACACAAUUGUUUAUGCUGGUGCUAAGGUCAUCCGAUCAAACCUUCCAUCUAGAAGUCAGGUCUCUGACAAGAUCUAUGAUUUGAACGCUCCAAACACCCAACUAAUUGUGUCUUGGAGCUUCAUCCUCCUUGAAGUGAUUCUUCCUGAAGUUGCCGUCUUGAUUUGGAUUGCCAUUCUUUUUUGGAGCUUUAUCCCUGCAUAUGAGUUGACUUCAGCAAUUUCAGGAAGCAUCACUUCACCAAGUGUGCUUGUUCUGGUUCUUGUUGGAGCUAUUGCCUUUCACUUUUUUGUUUGGAUCCUCCUUGCCAAGACAUUUGAGUGGGCCUUGCUGAAUGUUAUUCCACCCUCUUUCUAUGGCUGUACCUUCCGGGUCUAUGCUUCUUGCAUUAUUACAUGUCGAUGGGCCAACCCGAUCGACUUCCUUCUUAUGGGAACCCCCUUGUUCCAGUUUUACGCUCGAAUCAUGGGGGCUGAAGUCAAUGGUGAUCUUUGGUUUUUUGAUCAUAGUCCUACUGAGUUUGGUAAUUGCCACUUCCAGGGCAACACGAUCGUGGACAGUGCCUACCCACGUGGCCACUAUCGUGAUAUCAAUGGACUCACUCUAGACGACGUUUACAUUUCUGGAAUUGUGCAUCCUGGAUGCUACAUUGCAGCUGGAGCUCUUGUGGAAGGCAGGGAAAGUGGUCCAUGGAAAUCGUUCUUUUCCUCAGCAGUUGAGAAUGUUUCUUCUGGAAAAAAGAACGCAUCAAGGCAGGGUCUCCAAGGUGAUCAAAUGAAAAGAGGAAGUCUCCAAGAUUGGGAGGAUGAAUUCCAGUGUACUCAUGAAUUUGAUGUGUAG